GUGACGUCAGGCAGACGACGGAAGUGACGUGGACUGGUGGCGCGCCCGGGGCCUGGCCUGAUCGUACAGCGGAGCCUGCUCGCGGCGAGAUUCCGCUAUGUCGAUCGAAAUCGAGUCCUCGGAUGUGAUCCGUCUGAUCAUGCAGUACCUGAAGGAGAACAGUUUACAUCGGGCGCUAGCCACCCUGCAGGAGGAGACAACCGUCUCUCUCAACACCGUGGACAGCAUCGAGAGUUUUGUGGCCGACAUUAAUAGUGGCCACUGGGAUACUGUCUUACAGGCUAUCCAGUCUCUGAAACUGCCGGACAAAACCCUCAUUGACCUUUAUGAGCAGGUGGUUCUGGAAUUGAUAGAACUGCGUGAGUUGGGUGCUGCCAGGUCACUUCUGAGACAGACGGACCCCAUGAUCAUGCUGAAACAGACACAGCCAGAGCGCUACAUUCACCUGGAGAACCUCCUGGCCAGGUCUUACUUUGACCCUCGAGAGGCAUACCCGGACGGAAGUAGCAAAGAGAAGAGACGAGCAGCAAUUGCCCAGGCCUUAGCUGGGGAAGUCAGUGUGGUGCCUCCUUCUCGUCUCAUGGCAUUGUUGGGACAGGCCCUGAAGUGGCAGCAGCAUCAGGGCUUGCUCCCUCCCGGCAUGACCAUUGAUUUGUUCCGAGGCAAAGCAGCUGUCAAAGACGUGGAAGAAGAAAAGUUCCCUACGCAGCUGAGCAGGCAUAUUAAGUUCGGUCAGAAGUCACAUGUGGAGUGUGCUCGGUUCUCUCCAGAUGGUCAGUAUCUGGUCACUGGGUCUGUUGAUGGAUUCAUUGAAGUAUGGAACUUUACAACGGGAAAAAUCAGGAAGGAUCUUAAGUACCAGGCCCAGGAUAACUUUAUGAUGAUGGAUGAUGCAGUCCUCUGCAUGUGUUUCAGCAGAGACACGGAAAUGUUGGCGACUGGCGCCCAAGAUGGGAAAAUCAAGGUAUGGAAGAUUCAGAGUGGGCAGUGUUUACGGAGAUUUGAAAGAGCACACAGUAAAGGUGUCACGUGCCUGAGUUUUUCUAAGGACAGCAGUCAGAUUCUUAGUGCCUCUUUUGACCAGACAAUUAGAAUUCAUGGUUUAAAGUCUGGGAAAACCUUGAAGGAAUUCCGUGGCCAUUCCUCGUUUGUGAAUGAAGCAACUUUUACACAAGAUGGACACUAUAUUAUCAGUGCGUCCUCUGAUGGCACAGUGAAGAUCUGGAAUAUGAAGACCACAGAAUGUUCCAAUACCUUUAAGUCCCUGGGCAGCACUGCGGGGACAGACAUCACCGUGAACAGUGUGAUCCUGCUCCCUAAGAACCCCGAGCACUUCGUGGUGUGCAACAGGUCCAACACAGUGGUCAUCAUGAACAUGCAGGGCCAGAUUGUCAGAAGCUUCAGCUCUGGUAAGAGAGAGGGCGGUGACUUUGUCUGCUGCGCGCUCUCUCCUCGUGGCGAGUGGAUCUACUGUGUUGGGGAGGACUUUGUGCUCUACUGUUUCAGCACAGUCACUGGCAAACUGGAGAGAACGCUGACGGUCCAUGAGAAGGAUGUGAUUGGCAUUGCUCAUCACCCACAUCAGAACCUGAUUGCCACCUACAGCGAAGAUGGGCUUCUCAAGCUCUGGAAACCCUGAUGAUUUCACUUUCAUUUUUCAAGGCUGUUUCCGGGAGGCUGGAGUGAUAGCACAGCGGGUAGGGUGUUUGCCUUGCACGCUGUUGACCUGGGUUUGAGUCCCAGCAUCCCAUAUGGUCCCCCGAGCACCGCCAGGGGUGAUUUCUGAGUGCAUGAGCCAGGAGUAACCCCUGUGCAUCGCUGGGUAUGACCCAAAAAGAGAAAAAAAAAGAGGUUGUUUCUUCCUUCCUUUUUUUUUUUUUUUUUUUUUUACUUAUUUUUAUGCUAUUCAUUUACGACUCUUAUUUGGGUAGUCACUUGAUGUUUUCAAUUAAUACUCUACCCAGAGUGAAAACCUCAUCAUUCUAGGGGGAUAAAAGUUAUAUUCCUGUGAUUAUUUGAAAUACACCUCCUUCAGUUAAACUUGUAAAUAGGAAAAAUCCCCAUACUCAGUAGCGGUUUUCUCUUCCAUUUUUUAAAAGAUGUUAAUAAACUUGACACCUUUCUGGAGGCUCUGCUUUCCCAUUUCCAUUAUAAGUGCCCUAGUUACAUAUUUACUUAUGAGUGGGUAGAGGAGUGUGACACAACUAUAUUAUCCUGAAUCUUAAAUUUAGCAGAAUAUCAAUUCCUGGUUUAGAGUGAUCACGAAUCAUGAAAUCCCGUUGAUUGUCAAUUUCUCAAGUGGGUUCAGUAACCUCUCCAUUCAUCCUAUCCCUGAGACUUUAGAAGCUUCUCUCCACUCAGCCUUCCCAAGGAUACCGCAUUGGAGGCUCUUUCAGGGUCAGGGGAAUGAGAUCCAGCCUGUUACUGGCUUUAGCAUAUGAAUACACCAUGGGAAGCUUGCAAGGUUGUCUCAUGUGGGCAGGAAACUCUCAGCAGCUUGCUACUUUCUCCCAGACGGAGAAGUAGGUUAUAAGAUAUCUUGGCCGCGAGCUUCUGGGAGCUUGCUUUUAAGUCUCUGGAUGUUGGCCGUUGAUGGGAUUACACACACCUGGGUUCCUCUGCCGGCAUCUUCAUGCGUGAGGCUUGUCUGAACAUGUGGAGGGGCCUUGAACUCGUCUGGUGCUAGGUUCUGGUGGUCUUAGGCCGCCGGGAGCUCUGCUCUGGGCGAGGAGGGAAGCUGGAGCCCAUCCCCUCCGAGGGGCCCCGGGAAAGACAGCCAGGCGUGCGGGCAAGAGACUCUCUGGGGUAGAGUGAUAGUGUAUAUAAAGGUUCGGUGGGGCCCAGGAAUGUAGCUCAGUGGUAGUAGCCUUUGUAUAUAUGGAGCCCUGGGUUUGAUCCUGGCACCCAGUAAGUGAAUAAAUGCAAAGGUCAGGUGUUGGCAUAGGAUCUCAUUUCUUUACACCCCUCCCCCCCAUUCACAUGCAAUCAGCUCUGCCUUCUCACAUGUUCUGGUCUGUGUGGGGAAAUAGCCUCUCCAUCUUCUGAGUAGAACUGGUUGCAGGAUCCAUUAUGAUAGGUUUAGUUUUGGCAUCUCUCCUUUUAUAUGAAACGGGAAUGAGAAUGUGCUGUUGACUACAUUAAAAAAGCCCUGUGUCGCUGUUGUGUUCA